CGCCAAACCACCUAAUUUAAUGCCUCUCUCACUCCACGCUCCUCUUCCUGCGCUGCGUCCGAGAGAGCAGCAGCAGCAGCAGCAGCAGCACCAUAUAAUUCCUCGUUCUGCGACUCUCUUCCGCCUGCUUCGUCCGUUCGUCCCUUCAGCUGCAGCGAGUCAGUCUUCGGCUCUUUCUUUUCAGCCCCCAAAACCUUUGCCUGCAGGCAGAUAGAUAGGUAGGUGGGAUCGAUGGCGAGGAAGAAGAUCAGGGAGUACGACUCCAAGCGCCUCCUCAAGCAACAUCUCCAGCGCCUCUUCGGCAUUCACCUCCCCAUCAGAUCCGCCCAGAUCACGGAAGCGACGGACUUGAUGGCGCUGGCAGAGGCAGAGCCGUGGCUGUCGUCGGAGAAGCUGGUGGUGAAGCCUGACAUGCUGUUCGGGAAGCGCGGCAAGAGCGGGCUCGUGGGCCUCAACCUCGAUCUGGCUCAGGUCGCCGCAUUCACGAAAGAGCGCCUGGGGAAGCAGGUCGAGAUCGGCGGGUGCAAGGGCCCCAUCACUACCUUCAUUGUCGAGCCCUUUGUUCCGCACUCCCAAGAGUUCUAUCUCUCCGUCGUCUCGGAGCGUCUCGGCUGCAGCAUUAGCUUCUCUGAGUGUGGAGGGAUUGAGAUCGAAGAGAACUGGGAUAAAGUCAAAACUGUGUUCAUUCCGUCAGACACAUCCCUCUCGCCCGAAACCUGUGCUCCCUUGCUAGCAACUUUGACCUUGGAGAUCAAAGGAGAAAUUGAGGAUUUCAUCACAAAGGUGUUCGUUACUUUUCUAGAUCUUGACUUCACGUUCCUUGAGAUGAACCCCUUCACUUUGGUUGAUGGAAAGCCGUAUCCUCUGGAUAUGAGAGGGGAAUUGGAUGACACUGCUGCUUUUAAGAACUUCAAGAAAUGGGGAGAUAUUGAGUUUCCAAUGCCAUUUGGUAGAGUAAUGAGUCCUACUGAGAGCUUUGUGCAUAAGCUUGAUGAAAAGACAAGUGCUUCUUUGAAGUUUACUGUCCUGAACCCUCAAGGACGAAUCUGGACAAUGGUAGCUGGAGGAGGCGCCAGUGUUAUUUAUGCUGACACGGUUGGGGAUCUUGGUUAUGCUUCUGAACUUGGCAACUACGCAGAAUAUAGCGGAGCUCCAAAGGAAGAGGAGGUGCUUCAGUAUGCAAGAGUUGUUAUUGAUUGUGCUACUGCCAAUCCUGAUGGCCGUAAAAGAGCUCUUGUCAUUGGAGGAGGGAUAGCCAACUUUACUGAUGUUGCUGCAACAUUUAGUGGCAUCAUUCGGGCUCUAAGGGAAAAGGAAUCAAAUCUUAAGGCUUCAAGGAUGCAUGGCUUUGUGAGGAGAGGAGGUCCAAAUUAUCAAACAGGCCUUAGGAAAAUGCGACAUCUUGGAGAAGAAAUCGGAAUCCCCAUUGAAGUUUACGGACCUGAAGCUACUAUGACUGGCAUCUGCAAGCAGGCAAUCGAGUGUAUUACCGCUGCUGCAUAAAAUUAGAUAACUUUGAAUGAACUUUCUUCAUUUGCGUCAUUUGCUUUGUUUGCGACAGUUAACUUAUGUUUCGUCUGGGCAGUAGAUUCAAUAGUACUAGUGGCCAUCGGGCAAAGAGCGGAAAUGGUUGCUUUAAGUCCCAAUGAGCUUUUGUUUAAAAUGUUCAAUCCUGAUGGCUUGCCUCCUAUUUGAAAUAAGAAUGCUAUCUUUAAACAAUCAGAAGUUUGAGAUAUUCAGCUAA